CUCAGUGGGGUGAUAUUGAUGGAUAAUGUGCGCUCUCAGUGCGUAUUGGCGCUCAGUGUAACAGAUAAAGAUUCUCAACCCCGAUGGAAAUCUAAAGAGGUUAAUUCAGCUGACUCCUCCCAGUGUUGUCAUUUAUCGUAUUAAUAAUCGCGCCACUCGAGUUUCGCCUUAAAAGUGGGAGGGCUGCACGGGAGCGCCGGGAAACCGCGAGGAGCUGUCUCCGUUACGCGUGGUGCUGAAAGUGCCACACGCCGCAUCAUGUGGUCGGUCUUCUUUGUCUUUCUGUCUUAUCUGGACAGAAACUUCGUCAAGGGCGACUUCCUGGACGCGGAGAAGGAGAGCAAAGAGAUGUUCUCCAUGCUCAACGGCACCUUUUGCGCAAAGAUGUCCAGCGUGGGGGAGAAUCUCCUCUACCAGGUGUCAGACGGAGCCGAGGUGGUGCGCUCCGUCGUCAGUCCCUCCGGCAAGCUCGUGAACUGCACCGUCAUAGUGAACCAGAUGCAGGUGAAAUCCUUCAUGCACGAGUGCAGGCUGGGGCUGAAGGAACAGAGAGCCGGGAGCCAGCUGGAGACGCGUUUCACGCGCAUGGAUGAAGCCAAAAUGGUUUGCCACGAGUUCAGAGAGAGGUCCGGGCGCAGCGUCAAGAGGGAGGACAGCGAUGACUCUUCGCUGCAGAACAAGGUGUUAAAAAGAUCCAAGAGGGGCUUCACUUAUCCCGGGACCCUGUGGUGUGGAGCCGGUAACAUGGCUGAUAACUACGAGCAGCUGGGAGACUUUGCAGAGACCGACAGCUGCUGCAGAACUCACGACCACUGUCCUCAUGUCAUCCACGCCUUCUCCUCAAAUUAUGGCCACACCAAUUUCAAGUGGCACUCCAUCUGCGAUUGUGACUGUGAUAAUACGUUGAAAACUUGUCUGAGGAAAGUCAACGACACAUCUUCCAGGGUUGUUGGUCAGGCGUUCUUCAACGUUAUUGGCGUGCCUUGCUUUGAGUUAACCUAUGAGGAGCGAUGUGUAGAGCGGCACUGGUAUGGCCUCUGUAAACGAUAUGAGAAGCUCCCCAUUGCUCUGCUGCAAGAGGCGGUCCCAUACGACUUUGGUGGUAUUGAUGUCAUCGAUGAGCUGACAUUGGCUCCUCCCAAGAAUAAAGAAUCCGAAAAAACUGAGGAGGAAGAGAAACCGGAGAGUCCAACUCAGUCAACCAUGCCAGGCCCUGAACAGCCCUCACUCACAAACGUCGUCACCGCCGCCGAGGACUUCAUCAAGGUCCUUGCUACUGUCUCCACCUCGCAAAGCUCCACCAACGACUCUGACAAAGAGACUCAGAGCUCAGAGAAGAAGAAGAGGAAGAACAAAGGGAAGAAGAAGAAAACCCCUAAAAAGCAUAAAGGAAAGGGGAAUAAAAGGAAGCAGAAAGCAGAGGCAGGUGUCAAAACAGACGACAGAGCUGCGGUUUCGCCUUCUGGCAGCAAACCAGGGGAAGUCAUCGCCCUGAUUAACUUCAUCAGUGAGUCACACAAACAUGACCAGUCAAGUACAAACAGAGCAGGUGACAAUGAAUAUGAGCUCAAAGGAAAAGAGGAGCCCUCCAACGAAGUCAUGAAAGAUGAACCAGCUAUGGAUAAGGAGACGCGUUCCACCACGCCAUCACUGAUAGUCCAGAAGAAGCCAGCAGAGGAAAUUACUCUUUCUGCAAGAACAAACACAACCAUUAUUCCACGUAAAGCAAGAACCAGAGGGAUAAGAAAGGGCGGGAGAAAGAAGAGCAAGAAAGUUCCUCCUCCUUCUUCUGAGGAGGUUGUAAGGAACACAACAGACAAGUCAAGUGACAUUUCUGUCCCCACCUUCAUUACCAUAACCCCGAUGCCACAACCCCAGCAACAAAGCCUUCAGAGCGACCCUGAAAAGCGACCUGUCGUCAGCACUGCUGGUACCCCCACUGGAAUCACCAAAGUCAAAAGGAACAGGUCAAAGGAGAGGGGAGACAGAGAGGGGAGGAAAAAAAGGAGGAAAGUCAGCUCAGCUUCCCCCAUUGUGGCUGUUGCCCAUGAAAAUUCCUCCGUGGACAAUCUGAAUGUGAUCCCUCUCAACAGGGCUCCCACUGUAAGACUGGUCUCCACUGCAGAGCCGCCGGUUUCUCACCGGCUGGACAUUUAUGGAGGGAAAAGAUCCGACCACAGUACAACUCCGAACUCUUCCUUUAGUGUCUUGAAGAGGCGAAGAUCAAAGAAGAGAGGACUGAGAAGGAGGAAGACGGCUUUGCCUUUUUCAAGUGAAAAAACAUUUUAUCACAACAUCUCUGACAAUUUGCCCCCUAUUCCCACAACUCCAGCCCCGGGUAGCAACACUCUUGCAAUUCGAUCCACAGAAAGUCUUCCAACUCAAAGUGUAUGGAGGCUUUUUACAACAGCGCCCCCUGCUGUCAGUGCAAAACGACACAGGCCAACAAUCAGGCGGCAGAGGAAGUCGAGACAGAAAGCCAUGCCCACUACUCUCAGCAAUGGACUUUCUGUCCUUGAACAAACUGAACACAUACCAAUGACAUUUACAACCCCGCCGUCCAAAAUCACCACCACUGACGAGCUCAGUCCACAGACGUCCGACAGGCCCUGCAUCACCACCUCAGCUCCUCCCGCCAUGAGCCCGAUUCAGAUAACGAUUGAGAAAGUAAAGGCACAAUUCACCAGGAAGAAGAGGAGGAAAGCAGCAGCGCUAUCUAUCAGACAACAAUGAGCCAUGUGGUGUGAGAACAGCGGGAUAUGCUUAAAAAAAGGCAUCCUAGCUGGCUAUGCUAGCUUCUGUCAAUCAGAUAAAUCUGCUUCAUAAUGAGAUAAAUGAUACAUAUUCAAAAUAUAAUCUUCUUUGUUCGACAUUAAAAUCACAGAUAUGGACGAAAAUCAUUUAGAUUGUAAAGUGUGGAUCAUGUUUUGUUAUACUUUAUUCUGGAUGGGUGUAAUACAUUUACAUCUGAAUGACCAUGAAUGUAUUUCACAGUGCUUCCAUGUAGCUAUGUUGAGUGAUAAAAUGAAUAAAGUAAAAGAAAAUUCUUUUCAACAAUA